UUUCUGAGUUCGCAAGCGUUUUAUUUUCUACAUCAUAUUUUUAUUUAAUUAUAAUUUUUGCAAGCUGAAACACACAUGACCAUCCGAUAUGGCUAAUCAAGAAAUUAGUUUGAAGUGGAAUGGUUAUCAGAAUAAUAUUUUGUGUAACGUGAAGGAGCUGUUCAAAGAUGAGGGUCUCUCGGAUGUCACCCUGGUCUCCGAAGGGCACAGUUUUAAGGCUCACAAAGUUAUUCUCUCCGCUAAUAGUUCUGUUUUCAGGACUAUAUUCCAGCAAAACCCCCACAAAGAUCCAAUUAUAGUGCUUCAUGACAUCAACACGGCGUCUCUGCGGACCCUGCUGACGUUCAUGUACAACGGAGAGGUGAACGUGACCGAGGAGUUCCUGCCCGUUCUGCUGAAGACUGCUGAGACCCUCAGGGUGUGUGGGCUGUCCACUGGCACUGAAGCUGCUUCAAAGGAAGACGAGAAAACCUCAUCGGAAACAACACAGAAAAAACGUAAAAAGAGUGAAAUUGAAGAUGGUAACGUCAGAUGUAAAAAAGUUGCUUUGAAUCCAGUACCUGAUGUGGUGAAGAAGGUUGAUGCUCACAUAGAAUCUAACAAUACCACCAAAAUAGCUCCACUGGUCCCUAAAGAAGAACCCAUUGACUCUCCGCUCACAGACUAUUCAGGAGAGAACACAAACGACACAGACAUUGCUUUACUGGAAGAAAAUGAGAAGAAAUUCAUAGUUAGCCCAGAUAAUGUUCCCAUAAAAAAUGCCUUGAAAAAUAACUCAGGAGAGCAACGAGUGAACAAAUGGAUCAAUGAAGUGAGCAGUACGCAGCCAUGCUUGAACGUGCCGAGUGAGAAGAGCAGUGAUGGCACUGAUGAUGAUAAGGACAGUGUAGAGAUCGACAAGGAAGUAGAGACGGUAUUGCAAAGUGGAACUAUAGUUGAGUCGCUGAGUGUCACAACUGAGAAUUUAAAUUCGAAUGCCAGCGAUGCUAUUUGCUGCAAAGAAAAGUCAAACGUCUGCUACGCUAAUCCGUCGUUCCCGUGCCCGUUCUGCCCGCGAGUGUACAACAGCUGGGGGUACCGACGAAGACACGUCAAGUCCAGGCACAUGACGAAUAGAUUAUCCUGCAAAUGGUGCGUGUCAGUUCUUCCUUCGACGGGCGCUUGGUACUCCCACGCAACGCGCGCCCACGGCGUCCCCCACGAAGAGGCCAGAAACUCCUUGGUAGUGAUGGUCGAGGCUCACGCAGUGUUGACCCUGAACGAGCCCAGUGUCGCACAGUUACUUGGUCAAGUUGGUAUGACUGACACAAAGAGCGCGAGUGGCGAUUAGAGACGUUGACGUGAGUCUAUGGUUUUAUUUUUCUUUUUUGCGCGCAACGCGUGCUAUGCUGCCAGGCUUUUUCCUGGGUAUUUUGGAUACUGUAUUUUUGUAUUGGAUUUACGUGUGUGGUGGAAAAUUAUGAGGGAGACAAUACGUAUUGUAUACUGCAUAUGAAACAGCUGGUUUUGAAAUAUUUUGAGGACCAAAAAAUAUAAUGAAAACAAAUCAGUCUUUUUUAAUAAUUUGUAAGACUAUUGUAAAGUUUCUUACAAUUAUUUUUACUGUCUAUUUCUGUGCCAUACUAGGCGUCUUAGGUACUUAUUCCUGUAAUACUUACAUUAUGAUCUUAAGAAAUUGAGGCAAUAAAUACUUUUAUGCGUGUGCGUGACAUAGUUAGGCAUAGUAUUAAAUUGGCCUUUAUUAAAAGUUUAACGAUAAGAAAAGAGAUGGGAUUUACGGUUAGAUUUAAGCAUAAUAUUUUCUAUACGAUUCUGAGGAAAAUGUUCAGAAUAUACGAAUUUCAUUUAUGAAUUAUGUACUAAUAACUAAUAAGCCAGUUAGUUUCAAAAAGUCAUAAUUAAGUAUAAUAUACAUAUAUAUUUUAUAUUAAAUUUGUAAUAAAAUAAAACUACGAAAUACCAAAGUCAAUAAUUAUGGAGCCAGAAUAUGUCGAGAUGAGCUCAGAAUAUUAUGAGCCUACAUAGUUAGGUAUUUUAUUUUUUUACAAGUAUUUAAUAAAACAAACGGUCAGUUUACAGCAUUAUAACAAAAUAUCAGGUCAGUUAAAACUAGAUAAUUUAGUUAAUAAUUUUAUUUCAAACAUGGUUAUUUUAUACACUAACACAAGUUAACUACAAUUUUAUUAUGAUCUCAGCAUUAAGUUUAAUGUUUACUUUAAAUAGAAAACAUUGCUUUUCUUACCUGUAUUAUUAUUUUACACAGGUAUUCUUGUAUGUAUUUACAAUCCCACCCAAGAACUCAGAUGCUCCUAGGUUUCGCUAGUCCAUCCUCUGGUUUGUCUGAAAGCAUUUGUUAUUGCCGAAACAAAUGUAGAAUUUUGCCCUUUGAAGAGUUCUGGAUAAUCCUAGGAGAGACUAAUUGAUAUAUAAAUAUACGCUUCUUAUAUUUUUUCUUACGAAUGGCAGGACAAAGUAGUGAAACUGAUGCUCACUAUCCAUUCAAUAUUUUAUUAGUUAAUCAUAGGUUUAUAUGUUCGUUUUAUUUUUAAUAACAUCUGCUCACUUAUUAUAAUUAGUUUAAAAUCGUGUAUUUAUAAAUGUUUAAUGGACAGUUUAUUUUUAUUGACUGAUUAAAAUCUAGAGUAUGAAAAGUUGGGCAAUAAGAAAGGAAUGGUUAUUUUUGUAUUUUUAUACGUAACAAAGGAAUGAAUAUUAGUGUAGACCUAAGUCAAUUGUAUUCGGCGAUAAAUUGAGAAUUGUGAUGUAAGAUUAUUAUAAAAAAGAUUUAAGUAAAUAUUUUUCUGAAAAAAAAAGUGUUUUGAAAGUGUGUAUUCAAUAAAGGUUAUAAUAUUGUAUUAAAUGCCAAAACAUUUCUUUGGCUUAACGCAAUAUCCAAAUCUGUUUACGGGAUGUUUGGGGAGUGCUGCGAGUUAUGAGAGCGUUCGAGUAGCGGCGAGUAAACGCGAAUUUGUAUGGCGCAGGAGAGUCGCCAUCUAGCGGCAAGUAGCUGCAGUAGCUCCGCGCGCCAUACAAAUUUGAGUCGAUUUUCACUACUCGAUCGGUUUAAAAAAACGUGAUACUUGGCCCAUAAAAUAUGCGGCGAAUCAGUUUAGGUAUAUUGCAUAAGAAAAUUGCGAUAUAAAUAAAAGGCAUAAUUUUCAAAAACUUUACUACUAAUGCACAUAAUAAUGAGCAGUAAAGAUAGGCAGUUACACAUUUGUGAUCUUAACAGAACAUUUGGUAACACAUUUAUAAAUAAGUACUUUGAUGGAUUUUAAUGAUUAACUAUUAUGAUAAAAAAACAAAAAUAUUUUUAUAAGCAUUUGAUAAAAUACUUUAUUUCUGUAAUGGACUACUUAAACACACUUCAUGCCAUUUUAAACUAUAUCAAACAUAUCGUGUUGUGUACAAAUUAUACGAAAACAGAGCUUGAAAAUUAUAAACUUGUAAUUAUGAAUGUAACACAUUUGCACUUUCUUCUGCAGUGAAUAUUUAGAUAUUUUAUAGACUUGGUAUUUCAACUACUUAUUGAUCAUUUGGACAUGGUAAAUUAUAGAAAUAAAUAUAUCCAAGUAAUACAUAUAUUAUAAAACAAUUCCAUAUUUAUAUAUCUGCAUGAAACUCACCAUAAUGUUACCAAGUCUGUAAAAAAACCUAAUAAUGCACUCUCUAAAAAGGUAGAUUUAAGAUAAACGUUAAAUAAAUAAGUUACCAAAGCAAUUUCUAUAAGCAUUACUACGAUUAGAAUGUAAGACUAAAUAAAAUAAAAAUAAUUAUAUUAUAUAUUUUUAUAUUAAGAGAGUGAAUGCAAGAAUCUUAGAAACAUUCAAAAUGUCUUAGCACGGUAAAACGAUGAAAGAAUCUUAAACCACAAAAUAACAAUAAAAUCUUAUGAGUCUAAACUAAACGUAUGGCUUUAAACUUGUCAAAAUUAACUCUAUAUAAUUAAGCAAUGUGUGAAAUGAAAAUUGUAAUAGGCCUUGAAAUGGGGAUUUUAAUAUAUUUUUACAAAAUAGA